AUGAGUCCAGAUCCACCCUCCAAUGCCCAAGUCAUCGCCACUGAGGGAAAGGGGAGAAGCCAAGGGUCCCCGCGUCGGGCAGUGUCUCCUGGAUUCUUCCAGAAUGCGCGUCCCUCCCGCGCCUCUCCGGGAACAAGCUCCAGCCAGCUGAGGCCCUUCCGGGAGAGUCUCUUCCACUCGAGGCCGCCGGCCGCCCGGACCCGGGACACCCCGACACACGCCCCAACACGCACCGCGACCCGGGACACCCCGACACACGCCCCAACACGCACCGCGACCCGGGACACCCCGACACACACCCCGACACACGCCCCGACCCAGCAUACCCCGACCCGGGACACCCCCAUGCCCCGGACACCAGCGCCUUCGGUGAGGGGCGGGGCCCACCGGAAGUUCCCGCGUCGCGGCGAGCAUGACGCUUCCGGCUCCGGUGGCAUGGCCGACUUCUCUUGUGAAGAGUCCGCUGCUGCCGUAGGCGGGAAGAGGCAGCAGUUCGGGAGCCGGUUCUUGAAGGAUCCGGCGCGCGUCUUCCACCACAAUGCCUGGGACAAUGUGGAGUGGUCGGAAGAGCAGGCUGCGGCGGCCGAGAGGAAGGUCCAGGAGAACAGUGCCCUGCGCGUGUGCCGAGAGAAGCAAGAAGAUUAUGAGCUCAAUGCCCACAAGUACUGGAACGACUUCUACAAAAUCCAUGAAAACGGGUUUUUCAAGGAUAGACACUGGCUCUUCACUGAGUUCCCCGAGCUGGCCCCUGACCAGAACACAUGUCGCCCAAGUGAGGCGCCCGAGCGUGCAGGCAGCGAGGCCGCAGCUGCUCUGACGGCAGCAGUGCAGCACACGGGCUCUGUGGGCAGCUUGGGACCCGGAACGGAGCUGCCUGCUGGGGUGGACGAGGCGGCUCAGCAGCUCAGCCUCCUGCACGUCGGUGCCCACGAGUUCCCUGGCUGCUCCGCCACCUACCGCAUACUCGAGGUCGGUUGUGGUGUGGGAAACACAGUCUUUCCGAUUUUGCAAACUAACAAUGACCCAGGGCUGUUUGUGUACUGCUGUGACUUUUCCUCCCGAGCUGUAGAGCUGGUCCGGACACAUCCGGAAUACGAUCCUUCUCGAUGUUUUGUCUUCGUUCAUGACCUGUGUGAUGAAGGGCAGCAUUACCCCGUGCCCGAGGCCAGUCUCGAUGUCAUCGUGCUCAUAUUUGUUCUCUCAGCGAUUGUUCCAGACAAGAUGCAGCAGGCCAUCGGCCGCCUGGCCAGGCUCCUGAGGCCGGGCGGGAUGAUGCUUCUGCGAGACUACGGCCGCUACGACAUGGCUCAGCUGCGCUUUAAGAAAGGCCAGUGUCUGUCUGGGAACUUCUACGUGAGAGGCGACGGCACCCGAGUUUACUUCUUCACGCAGGAUGAGCUGGACGCUCUUUUCACUGCUGCUGGACUGGAGAAGGUUCAGAACUUGGUGGACCGGCGCCUGCAAGUGAAUCGAGGGAAGCAGCUGAUGAUGUACCGGGUUUGGAUUCAGUGCAAGUACCGCAAGCCUCUGCUGUCCCAACCCAGCUAAAGAGGCACCUGAGGACUGGCACAGAGGCUCAACUGGCUCAUCCUUUGCCAUAUUGGCGCAGCAGGUCCCUGUCCCAGGGGCUGCACUUUCCAUCCAGCUCCCUGCUUGUGGCCUGGGAAAGCAUUCAAGGACAGCCAAAAGCCUUGGGACCCU